UCCUCCGUAGUAAAUAUGGCGCUCUUUCAAAGCAUCUGCACGCCGCAACGUCUCCCUGCGUCGCUCCCUUCCGCGCUCCGGCCAUGCCUCGGCCUGCGCUCCACCUCUUCAUCUUCCCUCCGCCCCGAUCGCGGCCGCGGCCGCCGGCGCGGUCCGGGACCCCUCCCCCGCGCGGCCGCCUCCUCCCGGGGACCGUCCGGUCCGGAGCCCGAGCCUCGCCGCGGCCCCGGCGGCGACGGGGCCGGAGGGGCGGCGCCCCUCCCGACGACGAAGCCGCGGAGGCCCAGGAGGAGGGGCCGCCGGAGCGAGGCCGAGGCGGUGGAGGACUUCAUCAGGGGUUCGCUCGACCGGGCGUUCGCGUCCAUCAGGGAGCAGGAUCCGGAGGCGUUUGAAGGAGUCGCGGAGGGCGUGAUGAUGAAGGAGAAGAUUGAGGAUGAGGAUGAGGACGAUGAGGAGGAGGAGGAGGAGGCUGCGGAGGUGGGGAAGGAGUUUGUGGUUGAGGAGGAGAGCUCGAGCUGGCCGUUGGAUGCGGACGUGGGUUGGGGGAUUAGGGCGUCGCAGUAUUUCGAGCAGCACCCCAUCAAGAACGUGGUUGGAGAAGAUGGUUCCGAGAUUGACUGGGAAGGGGAGGUGGAGGACAGUUGGGUCAAGGAGAUCAAUUGUUUGGAGUGGGAGAGCUUCGCUUUCCAUCCGAGCCCGAUGGUUGUUCUCGUUUUCGAAAGAUACAACAGGGCAUCUGAUAACUGGAAGGUUUUGAAAGAGUUAGAAAAUGCUAUCAAAGUUUACUGGGGGACGAAAGACCGAUUACCACCUCGAGCUGUUAAAGUAGAUAUGAACAUCGAAAGAGAUUUGGCAUAUGCUCUUAAAGUAAAAGAGAGCCCGCAAAUACUAUUUUUACGUGGAAACAGGAUUUUGUACAGGGAGAAAGAGUUUCGAACAGCUGAUGAAUUGGUUCAAAUGAUUGCACAUUUCUACUAUAAUGCAAAGAAACCUUCAUGGGUUGAUGGUGCAGCCCUGAAUUUACCUUAUUAAGUGCAAGUCAGGAUCUGGCAUUUGUCUUUGGGUACAGAUGGAUGACUGCAAAAUAUGCUGGAAGCAAUUUACCAGACAAGCCACAAAUGCAUUGAUACAGGGAAGCCCAAGUCAGUGGGGAACCAUCUUCACAUAGGAAGGAAGGAGCUGGCAAGUACCCGUUAUCCAUCACCUGGAAUUACUGAGAUUCAAAAUGGUUGCUUGGCUCGGAUUACAACAGGACUUGCUUCUGUGUGGGAUAGUGCAGUCUUUUACUGGUGUUCUGGAAGAAUUCUCUGAAAUGCUUUAGACUGCAGACUAAUUUCCUAGUACAAGUUAAUAUAAGUUUUUUGGUGGUUCUUGAGAACUUUGUCUCAGUUUUUGAAGUAAAUUGCUCUUGCAUAACUUUUCUGCAGUUUGUGAUGGCUUGUUUUUGCAGAAGAAUUAUGUUCUAAAAUUUU